AUGGGUGAUGAAACGUUUGUUGAGUUAGCCAAGUUUUAUCCGCAUUAUAGUGAAGCGACUGCUGAUUUUUCAAAGUGCGUCAAGUUUGAGAAUGGGUUGCGCUCUGAGAUCAAGAAAGCGAUUGACUACCAUAAGAUCUGUGUCUUUGCUGAUUUAGUUGAUUGUUGCCGGAUUUAUGAAGAGGAUAUUAGUGCUAACUAUAAGAUGGUCAAUGAGAGGAGAGGUAAGAACCAACAUAAUUGUGGCAAACCUUAUGAUGCUCCAUCUGGGAAAGGGAAUCAAAAAGUUGCACAGGGUCAGAGAACUAGUGGGGGAGAUGCUCCUGCUAGUGUCAUCUGUUUCAAUUGUGGGAAACCUGGGCAUAGGAGUAAUGUGUGUAAUGUUGAAGUAAAAAGGUGUUUCUGUUGUGGCAAGAGUGGGCAUACACCUCCUGAGUGUAAGCAUAAGGAAGUCAUCUGUUUCAAUUGUGGCAAAGAAGGGCAUAUUAGUACUCAGUGUCAGAAACCAAAGAAGAGAUUGAAUCUUGUGUUGUCUACUAUGAACGGAGAGAUGUUUCUCGAUCUUCCAGCUAAGGGAUCGGUGACUACUUCUCUUGUGUGCUUAAAGUGUCCCUUGUCGAUCUUCGACAGAGACUUUGAUGUUAAUUUAGAGGGAGUUGAUUUGUUAUCUGCUAGACAGAUACGACAGUUGAUGGAAGAAGAAGUUCAGGUGUUCUCAUUGAUGGCGUCGUUGUCUGCUGAGAGUCAAGCUAUAAUUGAGGAAAUGCAAGUGGUGAAUGGAUUUCUUGAAGUUUUCCCAGAUGAAAUUCUUGAUGUACCACCUGAAAGAGAAGUUGAAUUUGCAAUUAACCUUGUACCUGUGAUGCCAUUCGGUGUUACUAAUGCUCUGGGAGUAUUCAUGGAGUACAUAAACCGUAUCUUUCACACUUAUCUAUAUCGGUUUGUGAUGGUAUUCAUUGAUGAUAUUCUAAUUUAUUCUAAGUCGGAGGAAGAACAUGCAGAGCAUUUGAAAACAGUGUUGCAAGUGUUGAAAGAAAGGAAGUUGUAUGCGAAGUUGUCCAAGUGUAAAUUCUGGCUAAAAGAUGUGAGUUUUCUUGGUCAUGUUAUUUUAGGUAGUGGAAUUGAUGUGAAUCCAUCUAAAGUAGAUGUUGUGUUACAAUAG